AUGCGCACGGAGAGCGCUGAGGAAGUGAUGAUGGCACUGACGGACAAGUGGCUUGCAACGUUUCCCAAACCAAAGGUUCUUCUGAUGGACUCGGCCAAGAGCUUUGUGUCCGAUGCCUUCCAUGAGUUUGCCAGCUCCCUGAAUAUCCAGGUGCACUAUAUUGCGGAGAAGGAACACUGGGCACAUGGAACGGUGGAAGCAGUUGUACAGGACAUCAAGAUGACUGCUUCGGCCAUACAGCUUGAAGCCCGUGAUCAAGAUCCCCGCAUUACACUACAGCUGGCAACGUCGGCACUGAAUGCCACCGAGUAUACCGCCGGAUUCUCAGCUUACCAAUGGGCUUUUGGCAAGCAGUAUGACAUUACCGAUGAAGACACCAGGACCUUUGUCAACAACGACUACCCUGGAGAGUUUCUCAAGUUGGUGACGGCUCGACAACAUGCCGAAGCAGUGGCCACCAAAACUCGAGCACUACGAGUUCUUUCCAAGCUAUCGAACACUACGGUGCGACAACCUCUGAGGACAUUCUCUCCUAUGGAGCUCGUCAAGAUCUGGCGACGGGUGUGGCCCAAGGAGCAGUACAAGGGUCCUCGUGGCGGUCUCCGUAUGCCCGUCACUACUACGGAACGAUUCCAGUAUGAGACUUCGGGAGAAGAACAAGUACAUCAAUGGCACACCCUCAAGGAUGUUCUUCCACAACGAGAGUUUGUUGAUCUUACCGAUCAAGAGCCAACCAUGGAAGAAGUGGAACUUCCCAACCUACCUCUUCAGCCAGAUGCCCAAACUGUUGUGGAUCCACCUUCUCGACGAGUACGUGCCAAAACCACACCUACAACACCCUUGACAACCACCGUGGAGGAGGACAAUGAGACCGGCAACGUCCCAACAUCCUCUACUACAAGAACCAAUGACGACGUGAAUGGGUACGACAUGCCGGCUCCCAAAAAGGCUCGCCAGGAUGACUGGGUUGAAGAUCUCUAUGCGGAGGCACAACAAGAACUUGAACAUGACCUGUUUACAUGUCUGGAAGCGAUCGAGGAGACAAUGGAUUGUUUGAAGGUUGAGUUCGACGUCGGCGACCUCAGCAACCGACAACGCAAACAUCUUGAACGUAACCCGGUCAGUUACAUGGUCAAGAAGAUGCGAGACUCUGAGGUCUCAAUUUCCCGUUUGUCGCCAGCAGAACGGAAGCUCUUUGAGAGAGCAAAGAUGAAGGAGGUUGAGUCCUUCCUCAAACAUGAGGCAGUGCGCAAGUGUCUAGAUCACAACGAAGUCAAACAGGCUUUUGAUCGCAACCGCAUCAUUCGAGCUCGAUGGGUUUUGACCUGGAAACCCAUUCCUCCUGAAGAUCGUGGAGCAGCUGUUCAUGACGCCAAGUCCAAUGCCAAGACCACUCACACAACCGAUGGAGCGAAAAAGGCUAAAGCACGAAUUGUGCUCCUCGGCUUCGAGCACCCAAGCUUGUUGGACAGCAAGUUCAAAACUGCAUCACCCGUGCAGAGUACCCUUGGGAGAAACCUCCUCUACACCAAGGCGAUGCAUGAGCAGUGGGACUUGGAAGGUUUGGAUAUCAGCACGGCGUUUUUACAGACUAUGCCGACGGAAGCCGACCGCGAAAUCUGGACCUACGGUGUUGAAGAGCUUCGAGAUGCUCUUGGGGUUGGACAAGAAGGGAUCAUGAGAAUCCUUCGCAAUGUCUACGGCAGCACGACGGCUCCUCGUGGAUUGUGGCUAGAUCUACAUCGAAAACUCACUUCCCUGGGAGCCCAAGCUGUCUUGGGAGAACGCUGCUUGUGGAUUUGGUUGUCAAAGAUCGAGCUGGAUGGCAGCCAUCCACGCAUGAUUGGCGGCAUGGGAGGUCAUGUAGAUGACUUCCACCGAACGGGAGAUCGAGAAUCACCCGAAUGGUUAGAAGUUGUUGACAAAAUCAACAAGGCCUACGAAUGGGGAAUGAUCAAAAAGAAUGCCUACCGCCACGCAGGCACCGACGUGACGAUCAAGGAGGACGAGCAUGGCUUCAAGAAACUCGUGGUGGACCAGGAGUACUACAUUGAGACGAUACAGGACUUGAACAUCCCUGUGGAUCGACUACGCGGAGACGGUCCCCUACUACCUCGUGAAGUGGAGGCCUGCAGAACAGCUUUAGGAGCGCUUCAAUGGCUAGCCGUUCAGUCCCAGCCACAGUUGUGCUCAAGAUGCAACUUGCUUCUCACAGAGCUUGUCACGACGGGAACUAUGAGCACUGCGCUUGAAAUUCAAGGCAUGGUGUGCGAGAUUCGGAACCAGUCUUACAAGCUGGAGUUUCGGAAAUUUCCUGAUGCCCGUCACUGGAGCGACAUUGUCUUCAUCAGCAUGGGCGACCAGGCGCACUCGAACCGUCCGAAGGGCGACUCUACAGGUGGCAUGCUAACACUCGUAGCCGGUCCGGGCUGCAUUGAUGGCAAAAUGUGUCCCAUGAGCCUCAUCGGAUGGCGGACAUGGAAACUCAAACGAAAGGCCAUUGGAAGCAACGACGCGGAGGUGCAGUCAAUUCUGGAGGCAGAGGACCAGAACUUUCGAGCUCGUCUUCUGUGGUCAGAGCUCAACGGCGCUGGAGGACGUCAUGAACAACGAGAACUCCGUCGCGACAUGGUAGAUCAAGUCGAGGCUCAAAUUACUCGCAUUAAGGGCAUCCUCUGCACCGACAGCAAGGGCGGAUACGAUGCAGUGGAAGUCAAUGAGUCUCCCUUGCUGGGCUUGAGCAACAUGCGAGCAGCCUUGCAGGCUUUUCAGUUACGUGACAAUCUGGAACGUGCAGCUUGUCAGUUACGCUGGCUGGCCUCAGACUAUGACUUAGCUGACGCCUUGACCAAGAAACGCGCAGAUGCGCGUCAAGGUCUUCUAAGAUUCUUGUCGUCAGGAGUUUGGGCUAUCAAAUAUGAUCCCAACUUUGUCAGUGCUCGCAAGAGCAAGCAGCGAGGUGGUGGUGCUCUACGUGACCAUGAUGAUCACCUCCGAGGCGAUGGGAUGUGGCUUGAUGUCCUGUGGAACUUCUUUUCAUGUUCAUACGAUGAUCCCGAAGUGCAGCUGAUGUCUUUUGGGGGUUGA